AAAGCAAAACAGAAGGGAGGAGGCAGGCAUAUAUAAGCCAGGCUACUGCCAUUUGUGUUAUUCAGCAUAUUGGGGGUGUGAAAGAGCUGAGCCAUGGGCGAGUCAAAUGAGUCAGUUUCUAUAGACAUUGACGUGCUUUGUUUGGAAGGGAAGGAAUUCGUGGUGAAAACGAGCAGAGGUUCAAUUUCAGUGUAUGUUUGUGGUGAUCAAGAGAAGCCUGCUUUGAUAACAUAUCCAGAUGUUGCUCUCAAUUAUAUGUCUUGUUUCCAAGGCCUCUUCUUUUGUCCAGAGGCAGCUUCUUUGUUGCUUCAUAACUUCUGCAUUUACCAUAUUGAUGCCCCUGGGCAUGAGUUGGGAGCUGAUGUCAUUUCUUCUGAUGUUCCAUUACUCAGUGUGGAUGACUUGGCAGACCAGGUUGCUGAAGUGCUUGAUUUCUUCAGGCUGAAAGAGGUCCUGUGCUUAGGUGUGACAGCUGGUGCUUACAUUCUGACGCUUUUUGCAAUGAAAUAUAAAGAACGUGUCCUUGGGUUAAUUCUUGUUUCCCCUAUUUGCAAAGCUCCUUCAUGGACUGAAUGGCUUUACAAUAAGGUAUUAUUGAAUUUAUUAUAUUUAUAUGGCAUGUGUGGCGUAUUGAAGGAGUGCCUUAUCCAACGAUACUUCAGUAAGGAAAUCAGAUGCGGUAUGUAUGGUGCAGAAUCAGACAUCAUUCAAGGAUGUAGAAGGUUGCUGAAUGAGAGGCAAAGUUUGAAUGUCAUGCGCUUUCUACAAGCAAUUAAUGAGAGGCAUGAUCUUACAGAUGGCUUGAAGGAGUUGCAGUGCAAGACGCUUAUUUUUGUAGGUGAAAGUAGUCAGUUUCGCGAUGAAUCUGUGUAUAUGAGUGCCAAAAUGAGCAAGAAAAGCUGUGCCCUUGUUGAGAAAGUAUAGAAAUGGCCUUCUUUUGCUUGCAGACAAAUGCAUACAAUUAUAGUGGCUUGUGUUUGUGUGCACAUGCAUAGAUUCACAUGUUGGCAUUGUGACUGAAGCAUCCAAUUCCCAAUUUAUGUUGACAGGUUCGGGCAUGUGGCUCACUAGUAACAGAAGAGCACCCGUACGCCAUGAUAAUCCCUAUGGAAUUCUUUCUAAUGGGAUUUGGCUACCACAGACCUCAUUUUGCUUCCUCGUUGAGUAACGGCUCCAAACCAGCCAGUCCCUCAACCCAUUCUUGUAUAGCACCAGAACUUCUCUCUCUUGAGAGUUUGGGGAUCAAGCUCAAACCUAUCAAGACACGUGUUAGCACUGAAGUAUGAUGUGUUCAAAUGAUUUCUUGAACUCCUGAGAGAUUACAACUUAGCAAUCCAGGAGAAGCUGCAGGAUUUGAGCUUUGCACAUAUAACCAUGAUGUAUGUACAAUAUCUAUGACUAUGAUAGCGUAUUCACAUUCUUUGAUUGAUUUCAGGGUGUAGAAAGAAUAGAUAGAUAAAUAAGUUCGUGUUUAAUUAAGUAAAACAGGACCAUCAGAUUGUGGGAUUGUUCUGUGGAUAAAUGAAUAUUUAGUCUCCCAAAUUUAUUAAUAUUUGAUUUUUAUAAAUUUAUUUCGUCAACAUGUUAGUUCCUUAAAUUGCAGCUGUUAUCCUAAAUUCCUUGUAAUUUUUACAAUGUGUAGCUAAUGUUCAUGUUUUCAUGUGUUACCAUUUUAUCUUACAUUCAUGUUCUUUAAACACAAUUCCUGUGAGAGGUUUGUCAAGGUUGUUGUGAAGCUUUUUGCCGCUGGAAUCUACUGCAUUGCGCCUUGCUUAUGUUAAGAUUGUUUGAAUAAGACUACUCAUGAAGAUACUGUUCUACAAACUCGGAAACAAAAUUGAUGACAAGCACAGAUUUUGUUUCUGAAUUUGGGUUUGAAAUAGUUGCUCUAUUUGAGAACGAGUCGUGUUCCCGUUAAUACCAUGGUCUUAUUUGCGAGGCAAAGCCCACAACGAGGUGGGGGUCACAAAACUUCAUAUGGAGGAUUGUGUUUCGAUGGCUGGAGUGGCAUUUUGGUGUCAACUUGGCAUACUAUGCCUAUUACACUUAAAUUACUUAAAGCUACAUUGUUGGGUUUCUCUUCAUGGUGGAUGAAACUAACGAAACUCUAGCUUCAGCCAGGCAUAGAAGAGGAUUUGAAACACUACGAGUGUGUUAACCACUUGUCUCUUUCAAUGUGCAAUCUUCCACCUUUUAUUGCGGACAAUGCAGCAUCAGCUUCCCUAAAACUUUCUGAAGUCCACCAGUAAACAGAUAUUCAUUAGUUAAAUAUGUUACAUUCCAUAAAAUGGCCAAAAUCAUCAGAUAAGUAUUAUACUUUAAAAGUUGUUCUAUAAGUUGAGAGAGCGCAAAACAUUGGAGUAUAUUUAGAUGUACAAAAUUUCUGAUAAUUAAUAAAUGUAGAGUAAAAUAAACAGUAGUUGGCAAUAAUUUCUAAAGUAAUAGUAAAAAGUCGAAACAUUAUCUAAAAUGAUUAAAUUGCGAUUAUGAAAAUUAUUCCUUCAACUUUUAGCUUAAAACAAAUUAAAAAAGCUAAAAGCUGCUAAAGCCAUAAUUGAGAAUUUAAUCUAUUUCCCCACAAAGAAUCUACAACUGUAACAGCAAAGAGACAGCCAAUUUUCUGAUUGAUCACUCCAAACAAUAAAGUUGCGCAUCCACAUCCAAGGAAGUCU